AUGAAACAGCUCGAACACCUGCGCGCAGCCGAUGGACAUGUAGGCUACGCUGCUAUGAAACCCAUUAUUUUCAAUGACUUGCGCGCGCAAGAACUGGCCUGCCGCAGCGCUGAACAUGGCAGAGGCUUCUCCAUCCCCUCAUGGCCUGGCUUCUCCGAACAGGCGCUCAGCUUCAGCGCUGGACACCACCUCAACAUGGAGCCCUGGCUACUGCCUGGAUGCAGCUCUGUCUACGACCGCCUGGUCAGUGAUAUGGGAGCAAGUCCUCGGUCCCUGCAGAGUGGUGGAGACAAAAACAACUUGGCUGUGCUCUCCUCUCAAAAGCCUCGCAGGUCGUCCAUCCUUGAGCGCUGUAUCCUGCGAAUAUCCUCAGCAGGCGUCCAGACAGAUGAGACUGAUGUAGUCCCCAGGUCUCCGAAGCCCUUCUGGUGUUCCCGUAACUUGGAUCCGUCGCGUUUCGAGACCAAUGAGUCGGUUCUGAAGCGUCGGCAGAAGCAGAUCCAGUACGGGAAGAACACCCAGGGGUACCAGAACUACCUGCAGCAGGUGCCAAGGCACCUGCGGAUCCCUGGGCUGCACCCGUCCACCCCUAACAAGUACCACAAGUACAGUCGGCGCUCAUGGGAUGCGCAGGUGCGGCUGUGGAGGAAGGCGCUGCAUGCCUGGGACCCCAGCGCCUCUGCCCAAAGUGACCAGAGCGAGGGGGACGCUCCCCUGGACCAGGACGCACUGCGAGGCCUGCUGGACCAGGUGGAUGAGGAGCGGGGCGUGGAAAUGGGCAGCCAGCUGGACGUUACGUCAGGAUCCAACGCCACACUGCUAACCCCACAGCCAGCUGGCAAUGCCGCACACGGACAGGCCAUGUUUUCCUCCGCUCCCCAGGAAGAGCUUUCAGUCUCCCGGGAGCGGCCCUUCCAGCCGGGGCUGGGCUACAGUUUCAGGAGCGAGCUCACCGCCGAGGAGAAUGUCCUGGGCUGGCUGCGCUUUCUGCUGGAGGCUGAGGACCACUCCUACCAGCCCUGAACACACACACAUACCACCUCUCGCCUACCCCACCCCUGCUCCACACACACACACACCACCUCUC